AUGGAUGGAGACAAGCGCUUCCAUACCUUUGGGGCAAACAGGGUUUCAACUAUAAGAGAAGCAUCUAAAACUUUGCAGUGGAGAUAUAUCAGUACCAGGGAAAACCCAGCAGAUGAUGCAUCCAGAGGAGUGAGGGUUGGAGACUUCAUCAAUAACAACAGGUGGAUUGGCGGCCCAGGGUUUCUGUGUAAGCCAGAAGAGGACUGGCCAGCCAAUACAGUGGAUACUUUGAUCGAAGCCAAUGACUUGGAGGUCAAGAAGGAAGCUGUUGUAAAUGCAGUCAAUGUGAGGGACUUCCUUACUGGUACCAACCGUCUUGUUGCCUACUUCUCAGACUGGAGGAGAUUGAAGGUAGCAGCAGCCUGGUUCCUUAAGUUGAAAGGGAUACUUCAGCGCAAGAUUCACAGAAGGAAGGGGCCUGAGGCCAUUGAUGCACACAAACAGCGUGUGAUUGUGUCAGGAGGAAAAGCUCUGUCGGCAGAUGAUCUGCUGGAGGCUGAACUUGCUAUAAUUCAAAGACACAAUGGUAAAAUGAUGGAGCAAAGAAUGGCAGAUUUGCCAAAAGAAAGGAUUCUUCCCGAUCACCCACCAUUUACCAAUGCGGGAGUCGACUACUUUGGACCAAUAGAGGUGAAAAGAGGACGAGGGACUGAAAGAGAAUUAAGGGAGGCACUCUCAUGUCUGAAUCAAGCACAGAUCGAAGGAACGUUGCAACAAAGGGGAAUCAAGUGGAGCUUCAAUCCUCCAGCAGGGUCACAUUUCUGGGACCGUGUGAUUCGCAUGGUUACGCGAUCUUCUCCCUCCUGCCCGUGGCUUACGGAUGUUAUUCGUGAAGAACGGUCCACCCUUCGGGCAGCUGAGAGGAGAUGGCGCAAGUCCAAAGGCGGUCUGGACCUGGAUAAGUAUCACUCCCUCCUCAAAUCCUUCUCUUCUCACAUAACUGGUGCUAAAACCCUCUACUUUCUGAACAAAAUUAACUCUGCUUCAAACCCCCACAAACUUUUUUCUACCUUCUCCACCCUUCUCAACCCACCUCCCCCACCCCCUCCCUCCACCCUGACAGCAGACGACUUCUCCUCCUUCUUUGAGAAAAAAGUCGCAGACAUUAGCAGUCGGUUCCCUAAACCCACCUUUCCUACCCUCUCACCCUCCAUGACUGACCCAACUAAAUGUCUAAACUCUUUUUCUCCCCUGUCUGAGGCAGAGAUCUCUGACCUCAUUCUCUCUCAUCGCCCCACCUCCUGUCCCCUUGAUCCUAUACCCUCCCCUCUCUUUCAAACCAUCUCCCCCUCCAUCAUAACUUUUCUUCUCCAUGUCCUAAACUCCUCUCUUACCUCUGGCACCUUCCCCUCUGCCUUCAAACAGGCUAGAGUUACCCCUCUACUCAAAAAACCCUCCCUUAACCCUGCCGUUCUCCAGAACUACAGACCGGUAUCACUGUUACCCUUCCUUUCAAAAACAAUUAAACGUGCUGUAUCUAACCAACUGUCUAACUUUCUCUCUCAGAACAACCUGCUUGACCCCAACCAAUCGGGCUUCAAGACUGGCCACUCCACAGAGACUGCCCUCCUUUCAGUCACCACUGCCCUCCGGUCUGCCAGAGCGGCUUCCAGGUCAUCCGUCAUCAUUCUGCUGGACCUUUCUGCAGCGUUUGAUAUGGUUAACCACCAGAUCCUGCUCGCCAGACUUUCUGAGAUGGGCAUCACUGGCACUGCACUCCAGUGGAUCUCAUCCUACCUGUCGGGAAGAUCCUACCAGGUUUCCUGGGGAGGCAAACUGUCAGGCCCUCGCCAGCUCUCCACUGGUGUCCCACAGGGCUCCGUCCUUGGACCCCUCCUCUUCUCUCUGUACACCACCUCACUUGGACCAAUCAUCACCUCCCAUGGCUUCUCCUACCACUGCUACGCUGACGACACGCAGCUGUACCUGUCGUUCCCCCCCGACCGAUCCGGGAUCUCAGCUAGGAUUGAGGCCUGCCUCACAGACAUCUCCGCCUGGAUGACCGAGCACCAUCUCCAGCUGAACCUCGCCAAAACAGAACUUCUCAUCAUCCCGGCUAAACCCUCCAUCUCCCACGAUCUCUCAAUCACCCUGGGAUCUGCGACGGUGACCCCUUCAUCCUCUGCCAGGAACCUUGGGGUUACCAUGGACGACGAGCUCUCCCUCACGGCCCACAUUGCUGCGGUCUCCCGGUCGUGUAGAUUCACCCUCUACAACAUCCGGAAGAUCAGGAGAUACCUGUCUGAGCACUCCACCCAGCUGCUAGUCCAAGCACUUGUCCUCUCCAAGUUGGACUAUUGCAACUCGCUGCUCGCUGGUCUCCCAGCAUGUGCAACCCGCCCCCUUCAGAGGAUUCAGAACGCAGCGGCCCGCCUGGUCUACAAUCUACCCAGACGCUCCCAUGUUACCCCGCUCCUCAUCUCUCUCCACUGGCUACCUAUCAUGGCCCGUAUCAGAUUCAAGACCCUGGUACUGACCUUCCGAGCAGUGAACGGGACUGCACCCGUCUACAUCAAGUCUCUCCUGCAGCCUUACACCCCCACCCGUCACCUACGGUCUUCUUCAGACAACCGCCUGGUGGUCCCACCGCUCAAGACCGCCCGGUCCCAACACAAGCUCUUCUCCUGUCUGGCCCCCCAGUGGUGGAAUCAACUCCCCACCUCCAUCAGAGACACUGACAGUCUCUCCACCUUCAAGAAAAGGCUCAAGACGCACUUG